AAUGAACGGAGCUAAACAAACGGGUUGGGCAAUCGAACUUAAGGACGGUCGUGGGAUGUAUGAUCACUGUAUUUUAACAUCUAGCGUUUUUUCUGGUAGUUUUUGUGUGCGAACGCCUCCAAGGUGGAUUCAGUAAUAGCAUCGGCAGGUCUCUAUGUGUUAUAGAAUCAGAUAUACAACUUUGCAACCUUCCAGUCCCUUGGAUAUUGACACUUACGAGCGCGAAUAACAAUUGACAGUUAAUCAUCUUUGCGGCGGUACAUCGAGUUCGAGGAUGAUUUUUGCGAAUUCUGGCAACCCGCUGAGAAAUUCAUAUCGUAAACAGCCCCCCGUUGGCCCGUCAUCUCAGCCCAUGGCUCCUCCGAGCCCCGGAACCAACAGCAGCACCAAUCAGAGCAGCAGCAGCAGCACGGCAGGCUGGGAACAGCUCAGCAAAACCAACCUGUACAUCCGCGGCUUGCCCCCAGCAACCACUGACCAUGACCUGGUCAAGCUCUGCCAGCCUUACGGGAAAAUAGUAUCAACGAAGGCCAUCCUGGAUAAGACUACAAACAAAUGCAAAGGUUAUGGCUUUGUGGACUUUGACAGCCCUGCUGCUGCACAGAAAGCCGUCAACGCUCUGAAAAACAACGGCGUGCAAGCACAGAUGGCAAAGCAACAGGAGCAGGACCCCACUAACCUGUACAUUUCCAAUUUGCCACUGACGGUGGAUGAGCAGGAGCUGGAGACCAUGCUGAAGCCCUUCGGCCAGGUCGUCUCCACACGCAUACUGCGCGAUGCUAAUGGUUCAAGCAGAGGGGUUGGAUUUGCGAGGAUGGAGUCCACAGAAAAAUGUGAUGCUGUAAUUUCUCACUUCAAUGGAAAGUUCCUCAAGAUGCCACCCGGAGUAAUGGUCCCUACUGAGCCACUGCUGUGCAAGUUUGCAGAUGGAGGGCAGAAAAAACGACAGAGCCAAAAUAAAUAUGUGCCUAAUGGACGAGCAUGGGCCAGGGAGGGAGAAGCCAGACUUGCUGGAAUGACGCUCACAUACGACCCCACUGCAGCAGCUAUGCAGAACGGGUUCUAUUCCCCUUACAGCAUUACCAACCGAAUGAUCGCCCAACCUGCCAUGUCACCCUACAUCUCCCCUGUGUCCACAUACCCGGUGCAGACGCCGUCCUGGGUCACCCACCAGCCCUACAUUAUGCAGCAUCCGGGAGCUGUAAUAUCGCCCUCUAUGGAUCCCUCCAUGUCACUGCAGCCAACAUCCAUGAUGAGCCCCCUCACUCAGCAGAUGAGCCACCUCUCUCUGGGCAGUACAGGAGCGUUCAUGCCGGCUAAUGCAGCAUUACAGGGUGCAUACAUCCCUCAGUACACUGCUAUGCAGCCUGCUGCAGUGGAGGAGAAUAGCUCACAGCCUCAGGUGGAGUCUAGCGGAGACCAUUCUCCCUACGCCUACCAACAAACCAAGUGAUGAAGAGGUACGACUUACAGUACAAUAGAAUUUAACUCUCAGGUCUACUAAAAUAUCAACUACAAUAUUCUGCAUUAGUCAGACAUCACCGAACCUCUGCUGUUAAGAUUCUCCUAAUCUGAAAACGGUUCUGAGCGGAUCAGACUGCUCUGUGUUUCUGAGAGGAAUUUAUUUGGAAUUAUUGUGUGUGGGGGAGGGGAGAUGCAUGUAAAUCUCACCCAAGUGUCAUUUUGUUUAUGGAAAUCUUUAUUCUAAGACUUUUACUACUUGCCAUUCAGCUCAGUGGAUGAUGCCUGCAUGAUGUUGUGCUUGUUCUGUGAAGGUCUGUGAAGUGUGUGUGUGUGUGUGUGUGAUCGGGUGUGUUCCUCUGGCACAGGUUCCUCAGCACUCAGGAGACUGAGAGGAGCGACAGCUUCAACAAUCAUGCUUCCUCUGUUGGACUAAGCUCAGCCGUUCGAUCGACGUUUGAAACGAUGAGUUUUCUGUUUUUAAAAACAACUACCCAGACUAUUUUUGGUAUAAGUUCUGUGAGGUGCAAAUAAAAUCUUGAGGAUGCUAGCUAUCUAAGAAGAACAUGAAAAUGGAGAGAGAAAAAAAAGUUUUAUUUUAAUAAAAAAAAAAGAAAAAAAAGGACGUUUAUUUUUACCAAGGAAUCGUCACAUGGGUGCAAGACCUCAAAGGAUCAUGUGACUAGAUGUACAUGGUAGCAGGUGUCCAUUGUUGAUAUUUUUUAUGAUUUUCAGUUGUGUGUGUGUCUGCUUUUAUUUUUCACAAAAUUGUUUCUUUUUUCCCUUUGUACUGAACUAGUUGUGUUGAUUGAAGAGAUUUAUUAGCCGGACAUCCUGAGAAAAGGUGUUUUUGUGCUUGCAGUGUGUGUUGCAAUGGUGAAGUGUUAUAUGUGUCCUCUUGUACAGUGUGUUUUUUCCUCCAGUUGAUCUAGAAUGAUCUCUCUCUUUCUCUCCAUACGAUUUGCCUUAAGUUUGUUCCAUACAGCUGUAUAUGUAGCCUCGAACCCGAGGCUCAACCCGGAGAAAGAGACGUUCAAAUCAGCUAUGGCCUUGUAAAUCAGCUGAAUAGGGCUUCUCUUAGGAUCUAGCUAAUGAAAUUCAGUUUGCUUAGUUUAAGUGUUUUGCUUUUUACUGAUCUCCAUAGUGCUUUUUUUUUUAGAAUAGAAACUGUGUUGAGUGAUGAAAAAUGUUGAUUUGAGUUUAAAUACAAUGUACUGUUUUUGUAAUCAGAGGGACAACGCCUCUGGUUGGUUGAAUGUGGUAGAAAUUCUGCUGAAUGAUCACAUUUUAAAAAUGCCUUUUAGGAAAAAGAAACUUGCUGUUGUAGUUUAGCUGCGGGGAAAGUGGUGUGACCAAGUCUUUUAUUUUUUAAUUCUGUUGGGGAGGGGGGGAAACCGGGAUGGGUUUGUUGUUUUAUUUUCGCAGUUUUAAUGUGCUUUUAUGACUAUGUACAGAUGAACUAAGCCUUCCAUGGCAACUUUAAAGCAAGGAUUAAGUGGAGGUUUUGAGAUGAGAUUGAUUUUCUGUAGAUUUUAGUUUGCCUAGCUCUUUUUUUUUUCUUUUUUUUUUUAGGAAGCAAACAGAACUCGGCACUUUCAAGUUUACUUCACCAAAGACAGUGAGCUAGCAAGCAGAGAUCAAAUAAUGAGUACAAUGUCAUUUCCUCCCUACGCAGGAUAGGCUUUUUAAUGGACUGGACUGCAAUUUUAAGAAUGUGCCUUCUUUGUAUAUAUGCAUCUGGUUGUCUUUAGUUGUCGUCUAGGUUUGGACACAUGCGAGAAGGAAGAUUUGGAUCCGACAAGUGCCACAUACAUCACUACAGAGCACACGAAACUGAAAUAUGAAACUAGAACAUGGAAAAGGAGAAGUUUGAAACUAUGAACUGAUCAGCACAGUGGUUAUCUGCUAUGCUUUCGUUCAGCAGGAGAAUGCCUUUUAUUUUUUAUUUUUUUAUUUUUUUUGUCCUCCCAAAUUACAAUAGGCUUUUAUUUUGGCUUUAGUAGGUUGUCUUCCAAAAGACUGUUUUUUGAACUGGUGGUCUUAUCGACCAAUUAUCUACCUCAGAUUUGCGUUCUCCUCUGUUUCGAUUAGCCGGGCUAGCAGGUUCAGCCCCGGCCCUCCAGACCAAAUGGCUAGCUCUGGAGCUGCCCUCAUCUACAUUUUUUUUUUUCUUUCAGGUUGUUUUUAAAUGCUUUGGGUUUUUUUUUUUUUUUUUUUUCCUUCAACAAACAAAAUGUUUUCUUUCUUUUUUUUUCUUUUUUUAAUGCAAAUGUUAUUGUUAUGAGGAUAGAUGUGCGUUGAACGUGAUUUAAUCUUGUCUAGACAUUCAGUUUCAUAGUUUCAAAGGCAAAAAACGCUGCUGCUUAAUCAAAGGAUGUUUUGGUAGUCGGCCAUGACAGAGAGAUGAACGAAAGAAGGAGAAAAAUAAAAGAGGAACAAAUCGAAACUGAAGGUUGUGGUAUUCCUCGGAUCUGUUCCUGAAACUUCGCCGCUGUUCAGUCCCAAUCCAGGCUUUUAGCAGCACAACCCUCACAGCUCUGCUGGAAUGAGUGUGUGUGUGUGUGUGUGUGUGUGUGUGUGUGUGUGGUCUUCAACUACGGUGUGUGUGGGCAGUGAUUGAAGGAUGCUUGAGGUGUGUGUGUGUCUGUGUGUGUGUGUCUGUGUGUGUGUGUGUGUAGCAGGAGCUCUUGUGUGUGGGCGAUUCUGCCAGUUAACACCUGAAACAAGUGCCAAUGUUUAGCUGGAUGAACGAGUGGGAGACUGCAUACAGAAAGAGUCGCUAAUGAACAUGAAACAUCAUAUACUAGACAGCCAUUAAGUUAUGGAAAAAGUAAUAAUUUAUGAACAGAGAACUUUGUACAGACUGUUUGAAGAAAUAAAAAGUUUUUUUUCAUAGA